UUCCCAUCUCAUUCUUUUUUCUCACAUCAUCAUCUCUUUCAAAGAACCAGAACAAGAAAAGAAAACCAAGUCUUUACUAGCAAGAUUCAAGAUCAAGAAAAGUGAAAAAAAAAAAAAAAAAAACAUAUUUCAAGAAUACUGCUCCUACUACUUCUACUACGACUGCCUUAAAGAAUCAAGAUCCAUCAAGAAAAAGAGCUUAUCAAUGGUGAAAAGCGAGCACAAGAUCCAAUCAGAACAGUCCAACAACAAGAAAAUGUCAUCUUCUUCGCCGUCAUCAUCAUCAAAUAAAAAGAAGUAUAAAGGAGUAAGAAUGAGAAGUUGGGGUUCUUGGGUAUCAGAAAUAAGAGCACCAAAUCAAAAAACAAGAAUUUGGUUAGGCUCUUAUUCUACACCUGAAGCUGCUGCUAGAGCUUAUGAUGCUGCUCUUUUAUGUCUUAAAGGCUCUUCUGCUAAUCUCAACUUCCCUCAUCUUUCUUCUGCUAAUUCCCAUUUUACCCCUGACACUGUCAUGUCCCCUAAAUCUAUUCAAAGAAUUGCUGCUGCUGCUGCCAAUAGUUUUUCCGACAAUGCCACCCCCAUCACCACCGUCACCACCACCACCACCACCACCACCACCAUCAACACUUCCCCAUCACCAUCAUCAUCAAUGUCUUCCUCACCGUCGGAUCAACUUGACUAUGAUGACGUGUCACUAAUGCAGUCUUUUGGGUCAUAUGAAAGUGAGGCUCCUAUUAUUAACAAAAUGCUGGAAUACUCUUCAUGGUAUAAUUUUGAAGAUCAGCUGCAACUCCAAUCACCAAAGUUUCUUGAUCAUCAAAGUUUCAUGUUCAAUCCGCCAAUGGUGACCAUCGAUGAUUUCUUCGAAGGUGAUGAUCUUCGACUGUGGAGCUUUGCAGAGUAGUGCUUCAAUUUUUUUUUUUUUUUUUAAAUUUCAUAUUCUUUUUGUCCAUUAAUUCAUAUUAUUUUCAUGUAUUUUGGUGUAAGGCAUUAUUAUUACUGACAAAGUGACAUAUAAGUUAAUAUGUUAGUGUAUUCAUUUUUAGGAAAAUAGAUUAAUAGAAACUCACAUGGGGAAGGAAACAUUUUUUUGGACUUCCUCAUGUGAGUGUUUCCUAUAUAUUCAAUUCUUAUGUACUAUUAUCAAAAUAUAUGUUCAAAUUAAGUGUGUUACUAUUAUUUAAA